AGCUGUGUCCAAUCACAGCUGAUCACUGAUGAUCAGUGUGGCCCCAGAAGUGCCACCUGUCAGUGCGCAUUAGUGCCAGUGCCCAUCAGUGCAUACCAGUGCCCAUCAAUGCCACAUAUCAUUGCCCAUCUGAGCUGCCUUUCAAUGUCACCCGUCAGUGCCAUAUAUCAAUGUCAUGCAUCAGUGCUGCCUUUCAGUGCCCAUCAGUGCAACCUACCAGUGCCUCCUCAUCAG